UUUGUUUUAUUGCACUGAUAACUACAGGUUUUAUACAAUAGCCACAGCCAUAGCCCCAAUAUCUGGCAGGAUAUAAAUAGAGCGGCUUUCGCAGGCGGGGUGAACAAACAUGAUUAGCCGCCCAGCGCGUGCCACCGAGUGUUUUAUAAGAGCGCGAUUUUGAUUUGGCACUGCCACUCCAUUGUUAUUGUUAUUGUUUUUUUUUUCCCCCCACAAAACAAAGCCAAAGAAAAGGAAAAGCAAUCGUGUUGCCAAAACCGAAUCGUUGUUGUUAUGUAAAUGCACGGAAGCAGAACGUUGGACACGGACACAAAGGCACACCAUCCUCAUCCGGAUUCCCCACAGGGACAGAACGGGACACAAAGCGAAAGGUUGGAGCACCCGCAACCGCACAAGCAUCACGCGAUUGUGUGAAAGUUUCACCUGCCUAGAAUAACCCGCUCGGAAAUGGCCGCCAAGACGGAUGAAUCCUCGCCAGCAGUGGCCCCUGCCUCCAGCAGUAGUCCCGUGCCCUCCAGUGGACGCCACCAGCUGCGACCCGUGAAGUUCGACUACGCGGACUCCUUUGCCUGCACCUACAUCGUUUCCGUGGUAGCCGCCUCCAUUGCAGAGCUGGCCACCUAUCCCCUGGACUUGACCAAGACGCGUCUGCAGAUCCAGGGCGAAGGAGCCGCCCAAACCGCCGUCAAGUCGAAUAUGCAAUACCGCGGCAUGGUGGCCACCGCCUUCGGGAUUGCGCGCGAGGAGGGCGCCCUGAAGCUGUGGCAGGGCGUGACGCCGGCGCUCUACCGACACGUCGUCUAUAGCGGUGUGAGGAUCUGCAGCUACGACCUGAUGCGCAAGGAGUUCACCAAGAACGGCAGCCAGGCGCUGCCGGUUUGGAAGUCGGCGCUGUGCGGCGUCACCGCCGGAGCCGUUGCCCAGUGGCUGGCCUCGCCCGCCGACCUGGUCAAGGUGCAAAUCCAGAUGGAGGGCAGGCGGCGGCUGAUGGGCGAACCGCCCAGGGUCCACUCCGCUGGUCACGCCUUCCGGAAGAUCGUGCAACGGGGCGGCGUUAAGGGCCUGUGGAAGGGCAGCAUCCCCAAUGUGCAGCGAGCGGCGCUGGUCAACCUGGGCGACCUAACCACAUAUGACACCAUCAAGCACCUGAUCAUGGACCGCCUGCAGAUGCCCGACUGCCACACGGUUCAUGUGCUGGCCUCCGUGUGCGCCGGAUUUGUGGCAGCUAUCAUGGGCACGCCAGCCGAUGUGGUAAAGACGCGCAUCAUGAACCAGCCCACCGACGAGAAGGGGCGGGGGCUGCAUUACCGCGGAUCCGUGGACUGUCUGCGUCAAACGGUGGCCAGGGAGGGCUUCGUAGCCCUGUACAAGGGCUUCCUGCCCUGCUGGAUACGGAUGGCACCGUGGUCCCUAACCUUUUGGCUGUCCUUCGAGCAGAUCCGCAAGAUGAUCGGCGCCUCUGGCUACUGAGCGGUGGCCAUGUGGCUCAAUUUAUGUUUAGGUUUAGAUGUACAUACAGGCAGGUGUACAUAUAAAGCAGUUCGUUCAUUACCCCGCCUCGAAGUCGGUCCCAAUCAUCCAAUUCCCCGUGCCUAAAUACCUUAAUGCCAGCAAUAAGCUUAGCAUAUACACUCUGUCCAGUUUUAAUCUGUUAUGCCAGAGGGUUUUCCCCACUCAGAUCUUUCGGGCUUCUUUCUCCUAUAUUUUGUUAUUGUUGUUGCCUUAAGAAAAUCAAAAACCUUAAAAUAAAGCGAGAAACUUGUUAUUUCA